AUGACAGCGAUGCAAGCUACCGAUGCUAUUACUGCUAAUGCCGAGCCGCAAGUAGAUAUAGAGAAAGAGAUUGAAAAUCUCAUUGGUGAACCAAAAUCACAUUGGAUUGGUCAGCAGUGGAUUCCAGCAGAAGGAUCUCAUUUCUACACUCCCGACGAAUUACGAGAGGUAUUCUCACAAGAAUGCACCCUGUUCGUUGGGGACUCGCUGCAACGACGGGCAGCCGACACAUUGAAUCUGAUGCUAUCCAGUUCCAACAAGAGCCAUAUCUCGGAUGUCAAGGCCUCAGUCUUUACAAGGGAAUACUUUAUGAAAAAGGAUCACGACCGCGGAUUUGCGAAACGAACAAUUGAACAAAUAAUCGAGGAUAACAACAAUAAGAACAACUCGACAAUUUUAACAGAGAGCAAAAUUCCGUCGAAACGAAACGGCUGCAUAGAUACAGAUUGGAGGCCACUACUAGCGGAUGUACACGACUUUUGUAGAGACUAUACGAAUCAGACGCAACAAAUCGACUAUAGCGACUAUACAAAGAUUGUCGUUGGGGCCACGGUAUGGGAUGUGGUAGGCAAUAGUCGACGAAAGACAUCUGCUCAAGAGAUACGCCAACUUAUCAACGAAACGAUUCAUGAUCUUGCGCGGACAGUGCCGUCAACAGUGACAAUCAUCUGGAAGUCAGCAGGGUGGUGUUAUGACUGCAAAUGGACUCCUGACGAAACACUAGAGAACCGUGCUGAUAACUACAAAAUUUAUGCGGCUAACGAUCAGGCGCAACAAUCCAUACAAGAACUCAAUGCUCCGAAUUUUAUUUAUUUGGAUUGGGCCCGAGAAGUUCUACCUAGGUCGAUUGGUUUCAAUCGAUUGCGGUCAUUGGAUCAAAAUCCUUACCAUUAUUCACUGGCUCCAAGGGUACAGCUCCUACAAAUGCUUGCAGAGGUAUACGCGGACCACCAACAAUAUUCUCUUCCGCAAAGUAGCAAUGCAAGGAAUGAUGUCAAACCGGAUUGUCCUCAGUUCGGAAUAUCAGCGAACGAGAUGUUGCAACUCCGAGUCCAAACACGACAAUUACAAAGUUCCACUUUGCUCCUCCUCGUGGGAAUAUUACUCAUUAUACCCUUCCUUGGAACUCGGAAUAGACGAAUAAUCAGUCGAUAG